AAAAAAAAAAAAAAAAGUAGUCCACUACCAGCUACACACCUCAACAUAUCAGCCUGUAGAUACAUUUUUUUUAAUCCCAAAAUUUACUUGUUCUCUAUAAUUAUUAGGGUUAGGGUUAUUUAUUUGGAGUAAAGUUACUAUACAAUAUAUGUUUUUGCAUGCCUAGGUCGAUUUACCUGUAUUUACUCACUUGUCUUUAGACAUCUGAAUUAAAGCAAUGGACCUGCAGUACUUUAAAUCUCAUAAAAUGUGUUGGGGUACACUUGGAACAGUGCGGCCUUACUCCAAUUUUCACCCAAAAAGAGAUGUAAUAAAGAUCCACGAGGCACUGGAGAAGAAAGAUGCAACUACACUCGUGAGAAUUCUAACAAAUCGGAGCAAUGCUCAGAGACAGGACAUUGCCAAUAUAUUUAAAGAGACAACACAACGGGACCUGAAAGCUGGGAUGAAAAAAGUCCUGUCUGCAGAUCUGGAGGCACUCAUGCUGGAACUAAUGAUGCCUCCUCUGCAGCAUGAGGCUCAUCGCCUUCAACAGGCCAUGGCGGGUUUUGGUACAGAUGAGGAAACACUACUGGAAAUUCUGUGUACAAGAUCAAGCAAGGAGCUCCGGAACAUUAAUUCUACAUACAAAGAAAUGUAUGAAAAGGACCUGGAGAAGGAAGCGAAAGGAGAAACCAGUGGAGACUUCGCUAGGCUUAUAGUGGCUCUUAUUAAUAAAGAAGAUGUUGCAGGUGUUGUUGAAAGGGAUGUUGAGUGUCUCGCUGCAUCACUAAAUGGGAAAAAAGCUGACGUGGAUCCUUGGAUUAAUAUUCUCACCUCGAGAGAUUCCAACCAUUUUAACAAAGUGUUGAUGGGAUUGGAGCUGGAGUUUGGACAGAUGGUGACUCCAAUUCUGGAGAAAAGAUUCUCUGGGGAGAUCCGUUUGGGUUUGGGUGUUUUAGUGGAAUGCAUUCAAAAUCCUGCCAUGUAUCUUGCCAAAAGAUUAACUACCAUGAAGGCCCAGAUAGUGCAAGGGAUCAUGGUGUCCCACAGUGAGGAAGAUCUACUUUGUAUCAGAGUCGCCUUCCUUAAACUGACGGGCACUUCUCUCUACUCGACCCUGCAGAAAUAUUUCAAGCGAGAUCAUCUCGAAGCUCUGUUGGCCAUUUGCCGAUCUGAAGAUUAAACUGGAGCAAUGCAGUACAUGUUUUUAAUGCUCAUAUAUACAGUAUUUGGCACAGGUAACAUGACUAACUGGCUUUGAGUUAGAUUGUGAUUAUUUUUCUCGGUUCUAGAAAUGUAUAUCAUUUAAUUGAGUGUGGAUAAAUAUAUCAUUGCAUCUUAAUUGUGUUAUUAAGAAAACAAUUUCAAUAUAUGUACAUGUUGUUUCACCAAAUUAUUUUUAAUAAGUUCA